AAAAAAAAACUAACUUUUGUUUUUUCUCUUUUUGUUUUUUUAAUUUUAAUUUUUUUUUUUUCUCUUGUUGGAUAUUUCGUGGAAUGAAAGGAAUCAAGGGUAUCUUGUUCGAUUCAUCCGAGAGAGAUUUUUUUUUUUUUGAAAAAAAAAAUUGUACAAAAAAGCAUUUGGAUUUGAUUUGAAAAAAAAAGAGAAGGAUUGAGAGAAAGAGAGAAAUUAUAUGCAGAGAAUAUCCUCCUUCAAUUUCUUCUUACUUCUCUCAUUAGCUUAUAUAUAUAUUUUUCCCCUUCUAAGUUAAAUUCUUGUAUUAAUCAAUCAUGGCUAUAAAUUUGUAGAAUAAUCUCCUUGAUCUAAACUUUAAUGAGAUCUCGAUUCGAAUUCGGUUUGCGAAUCGAUUUAGUGUGGAAGGGAUCAUGCCUAAGAAGCACAAGCCUAAGCGCCUUUAUCAAGUUUGGAAAGGGAACAAUAGGUUCUUUUGCAGUGGACGACUGAUAUUUGGUCCGGAUGUAGCCUCAUUGCUCAUAUCCACACUUCUAAUAGUUGUACCAACAAUCAUGUUUUGCUAUCAAAUAACUGCUAAAAUCCACAAUCAUGAUAAGUUGCACGACGAGGUAAAGAUCAAUGCUCAACACCCAGUGCUCCAAUUUCCAGUGCUAAUUGUAACAAUCAUUGCAUUGAUAUCGGACUUGUAUUUUCUCUUUAUGACAUCUUCUCAAGACCCGGGAAUAGUACUGAGGAAUGCAAGGCCACCGGAAGUGGAUGAAGCAUCUGAUAUCCUGACUCCGUCGAUGGAAUGGAUUAAUGGGCAGACGCCAUGCAUGAGAGUACUAAGAGCAAAGGAUGUGAUAGUAAAUGGUUUUGCUAUAAAAGUGAAGUACUGCGACACGUGCAUGCUGUACCGCCCACCGCGUGCCUCUCACUGCUCGAUCUGCAACAAUUGUGUUCAGAAGUUCGAUCACCAUUGCCCGUGGGUCGGUCAGUGCAUUGGAUUAAGAAGCUAUAGGUAUUUCAUCUUAUUCAUAUCAACAUCAACUUUUCUCUGCAUAUACAUCUUUUUAUUCUCGACGCUGAACAUUGUUGGAGAGAAGAAUAACUAUCCUGGUUCUAUUUGGAAUGUCAUGAAAAGAGAGGUUCUGUCGCUUGUACUUAUGAUUUACACUUUUGUAACAGUUUGGUUUAUCGGUGGGCUGACCAUAUUUCACCUUUACUUAAUCGGCACAAAUCAGACAACCUAUGAAAACUUCCGAUAUCGUUACAACAGAAAGGAAAAUCCGUAUAGCAAGGGUAUCUUAAGAAGCUUUACGGACUUAUUUUUUUCAAAAACCCCACCUUCGAUGGUUAACUUUCGGUCCCGGAUCCCCGAGGACGCGCCGGAAACUCGAUCUUAUUCUCCAAAUGAAAAUGACAGCAAGGAAGCAUCAAAUGAACGCAUUCCAGGCAUACUGCAGAACCUGGAAUACAGUUCUACUAAAGAUAAUAACAAUGAUUCUGAUGAUGAAGAGACAAGAGAGGUUGAUCAUGUUUCUAUAGAAGUAGGUGAAGCUAUAAAUAGAAGUGCUUCUAUGGAUGCAGAUAGAAUGACUGCUUAUGAAAGUGCUCUUGAGGAAAGUUACUCGAGCUCAACCUUGAUCAUCUCUGAUCAUAAUCUUCACAUAUCAAGGACAUGAGGUGAUAAAUUUUACCUUGUUAAUUAGCUUCCUUAUUUAUACUUUUCUGUAUAUUGCCCUUUUUUUGGGGCUAUUUUUUUCCUCUCGAGUUUAGUAAGUAGAAUAAUGUUGUUGAAUUGAAUUGUUCUUUUUUUUUCCCC